AUGACUCCGUCGGCAACAGCGCUUUCUUACACCGGAUGGGGGGACGUAAUUCGUGAUAUUCCCCCUGUUGCAUGGGGAGCUGUUGGAGUUGCGCUUGCUUUGGGGCUCUCAGCCAUUGGAGCUGCAUGGGGAAUCUUCAUAACAGGAAGCAGCCUUUUAGGUGCUGCAGUAAAGUCUCCACGGAUACGCUCCAAGAAUCUGGUGUCCGUUAUCUUCUGUGAGGCAACUGCAAUAUACGGCGUUAUCAUUGCGAUUCUGAUUGCUAGUAAGCUUGAUGGCGUUCCUCCAGACUUUAUCCAAAGCAUGAUAGAAACUACCAAAGUUGAAAAGUGGCAAGCGGAUGCCAUUGUGGCUGGAUGGGGUCUCCUAGCGACUGGUCUUACUGUAGGCCUAUCAAACGUUUUUUCUGGGAUUUCCGUCGGGGUGGCGGGUAGCGGAGCCGCUUUAGGCGAUGCUCAGAGACCAGAAAUUUUCGUCAAGAUGCUCAUUGUGGAGAUUUUCGCAUCGGCUCUUGGUCUGUUCGGAGUUAUUAUUGGACUUCUCCAGCUGAACCACGUAAACUUCACUCGUCCGUCUCGCGCAUCCACUGCCAAUACAUGGGUUGCAUGUACGCUAUGGCUCUCUCGUUGGGUUGUACUGCUGACACUUGAAAGAAUUAUAGCGAGCGUAAAGUCGAGUGCAGAUGGGAGUGCACACGAGCUAGGCAUUUGUCUCUUGUUAGGCGCGCGGCGCCACUCGCACGAGUUAUCACAUUUUGCCAAAGUCGAGCCUUUGUGGUCUUUGACGCGUCCACGCAGUGGUUGUGCUGAAUUGUGGGCUCCAAAGCCGAAGAUUUACUCCCCUGCCUGCGCCCUCUGCAAGAUGACGGUUUUUGGCCCUGCCAUCAAGGCUUUGGCAGGAAGAAGGCCUGGCAAAUGGUUUUGCAGUUCAGAUUGA